AUGCUUCGGCUUCAGGUCCUGGCAGCCGUCGUCCUGGGCGCCGUGGCAACCGGCGCGUCCAGCGUGAGCACCAAGAAUAUCACCUUCCAGCACAAUUUCGCCACGGAAGCACUCAACGCCGCUACCCCGUUCGUCGACCUGUCCGAGUUCGGCUACUACGGGGGCCAGCUGCCCAAGAUCUACGCCCUGAACCAAUCCAGCCGCGGCGUCGAUUACCUCCCCGAGGAGAGCUAUGCCGAGUUCCUGGCCAUCGUGGCCGGCACGAACAACGCCACGGCCGAGUUCAGCGCGCAACAGCAGGAACUCCUGGGGCUGUCGAGCAGCAACAGCAGCAGCGACAGCAGCAGCAGCCAAAAACGGUCGACCACCACCAACACCAUCAGCAUGCUCCUGCGCAACUCCGCGGGCAAGGGCAAUGAGUUUUCCGUGGCGGCCAAUCACAAGAUCUGCCAUACGGGCAGCCACGCCCCCUGGCACUAUAUCGUGGUCUACUGGAUCAAGGAGGCGUAUAUCACGUUCUGGACGAGUACGAAGUGCAACGGCAGCAAGGGGAGCUUCAACCCUGUCUGUGACUACUACGACGACCCGUCCGAGGUCUGUGUCUUCAACUUCAGCCCCAAGUCGUUCCGGGUCUAUUCGGGUUGUCACCAUAGCUACGGCUGGGGGGAUGGUUGUUCAGAGCACACGCUGUGA